UUAGUUUCAGAAAUCUCUUCGUAAAAAACUGAAACAACUGCUCCGGUUGCAUUAUUUAUGUAUAAAGUAAACUUUUCGCACGUAAACUGUAGCUAUGCCAUUGUAUCAUCAACAACUUGCAUCCAACUAGCAACACAACAUCCGCAUUACAACAGAUUACACGGCUGUUAUAGUUCAUGACAAUAGUUAUUUGAAUCAAUUUUCUCUCAUUCUAUAUUUAGUUCGAACUUUCCGAUUCAUUACAGAAUGGCAGAACUCUCGGAAAAAAUAUUGUCUUAUCUAAACGAUAUUGGUGACAGUGCUGUUGAUUCCUUGCAAAUAGCAGAAAAGUUCAACAUAGACCACCAAAAAAUCGUGGGAGCGGUUAAAAGUUUGCAAUCAGCUGGAAACCUUAUAAAUGCCGAACAACGAGAUAGCAAAUUCUGGAAGCUGACAGGAGAAGGAGAAAAAGUUGCUUUGAAUGGAAGCUACGAGGCUCUUGUUUUCUAUGCAAUUCCUCCUGAUGGAAUUCUACAGCAGCAGUUGAUGAAAACAGUCUCACAAGCUAAUGUUGGAUUUAGUAAAGCUAUGUCUGCUGGUUGGAUAUAUUUGGAGAAAAAAGAUGGCAGCACUCUUGCAUUCCGCAAGGUUGAUAAUAUAAUUGAUGAGGUUCAAAACAAUUUGUUAAAAAUUCAGAAUUCAAGAGGAAAUGAAGUCUCAGAAAAAAUAAAACAAGAAAUGAAAAAGAGAAAAUUGUUACAGGAAAUAACUGUAAAAAGCUACACUAUUACAAAAGGUUCAGAAUUUACGACUUUGUUGAUGAAGCAAGAGACUGAUUUAACACCUGAGAUGUUAGCUAGGUAAUGUAUAGUUAAAUAU